GUGUCAUUUUGUACAUUCUGCUGGUCGGUUACCCACCAUUCUGGGAUGAAGACCAACAUAGACUAUACCAACAAAUCAAAGCCGGGGCCUAUGAUUUCCCGUCUCCAGAGUGGGACACUGUGACACCCGAAGCGAAAGACCUCAUCAACAAGAUGCUGACAAUCAACCCCGCGAAACGCAUCACUGCCGGAGAGGCCCUCAAACACCCCUGGAUCUCGCAUCGUGCUACAGUGGCCUCUUGCAUGCACAGGCAAGAGACAGUAGACUGCUUGAAGAAGUUCAAUGCAAGAAGGAAGCUCAAG